UGCAGGGCCGCAUCGCGUUCAUGUAAUGCAACGCGUACGUACGUAUAUACACAGAGCUGUAUGGCAUGUACGUCCGUACGUACAUACAUGUACACGUCUGGCCCCGUACUAUCUUAUCGCGGCUCGAAUAGGAUCAGUAUAGUACAGUAUACAAAAAACCUUGUAACAUGGCUGCCAUUCGGGAUAUGUUUGAAUGUGUAUCGGUAGAAGCUAAGUGCCAGUUUGACUUUGAUUAGCCUGCUUAGUGACUUUUGUUUUGAAGUGAAAGCCUUGAAGUCACAAUCAUGAGUCCACCAUCACAUAAUUCCUCAGUACCAAAGAUCAUGGUGUUUCGUCCUAGCCUGGAGGAAAUGAAGGACUUCCCAGCCUACAUUGCAUACAUGGAGUCCAUGGGAGCACACAAAGCUGGCAUUGCUAAGAUUAUACCACCGAAGGAGUUUGUGGCAGCAUAUGACUAUGACAAACUUGAAACCCUCACUAUCCCAGCUCCAAUUCAGCAAGAAGUAAUGGGUCACCAAGGACUAUACACCCAGUACAACAUUCAGAAGAAGCCUCUGACAUCACUUGAGUUCAGGAAACUAGCAAACAGCAGCAGGUAUGCAACUCCACCACACUUUGAUUAUGACGAUCUAGAGAGGAAGUACUGGAAGAAUAUUACCUACAACCCUCCCAUCUAUGCUGCAGACAUCUCUGGCUCAUUGUACAGCAAGGGCUGUAAUAUAUGGAACAUUAACAAGCUCAACACACUUCUGGAUGUGAUUGAAGAGGAACAAGGUGUGAAAAUCGAAGGAGUUAACACUGCAUAUCUGUACUUUGGAAUGUGGAAGACCACAUUUGCCUGGCACACAGAAGACAUGGAUCUGUACAGUAUUAACUACCUGCAUUUUGGAGCCCCUAAAUCCUGGUAUGGGAUUCCGCCAGAGCAUGCCAAGAGGUUAGAAAGACUUGCAUCUGGUUUUUUCCCACAGAGCUUUCAAAUUUGUCCCAAUUUUCUAAGACACAAGAUGACAUUGAUCUCACCACAGAUAUUGAAGAAGUACUCAAUCCCAUAUGACAAGAUAACACAAGAAACAGGAGAGUUCAUGGUUACUUUCCCUUAUGGUUACCAUGCUGGCUAUAACCAUGGCUAUAACUGUGCCGAGUCAACCAACUUUGCUUCACUUCGUUGGAUUGAUUUUGGAAAGAGGGCAAAAUGUUGUUCCUGUCAGAGGGACUCGGUAAAAAUCAACAUGGAACCAUUCAUCAGGAUCUUCCAACCACAUCGCUAUGAUGCAUGGAAGCAGGGUAAAGACAUGGUCUACAUCGAGGAUAUUGACAAACCUAGUAGUGGAAUGCAGUCCCAAAAUGUCAUGGAGUAUAACAGUCCUAGAAAAUCCAAUGAUGAUGGAAUGCCGCUCAAGACCAGACGUCAACCACUGCACAAAAAGGAUGGGAGACGUGUCAAGACAGGAACAACAAGUCAACGAAAACGUAACCAUAAAGAGUUGCAUAAGGAAGAUGAGCAAUCCAAUGUGCAGACAACAUUAAUCAUGCAACAACAGACUGCAUCGCUUACAACCCCAAUUGUAAGCAUUGAGAUAGAACCUUUGCAAGCAGCUACUACAGUCACUUACAGUGAUGUGCCAAGGGUCUUGAGCAGCUUGGAAACAACUGUACAAGAAGAUAUUGUCAAUGAGAGUGAGGAGCCUAAACCAAAAAUACCUCGCAAUGAGCUGCCAUCACCAAGUCCUGACCUUUCAGAAAGCAGUACUCUAAAAGCCAAGAAAAAGACCUCCAAUUCUGGAAAGGGGGAUUCAAAAUUGAAAAAAAAGCUUUCUCACAAAUACAAGGAAUCUAGAACUGAGCAUUUGGACUCGGAGAGAAUCAAUGCAAAGUCAAAAAAGAAACAUCCAAAAUGUAUGAAAGAGAAAUCCAAGUCAAAAAAUAAAGAAAGUAAACUAAUGAGAGAAACGAAACCAGCUGCAGAGAUGUCCAUACAUGUAAGUGCAGGAGUUGGCAUACACAAUCAAACUGAAGACCAUCAGAAUGUUUUUACCUCUAAUGAUGGCCUUCUGAAAGCGAGUGGUAAAUAUUCCCAUCAGAAGACAAAAGUAAAACCACAGAAAACAGGGUUACUGUUGGAACAGGAGAAAGCAAGAAAGAAAAAGAAACUCAAAUCCCAGAAAACUGCAUUGCUGAAGCUGAAAGAUGGAGUAAAAAGGGAGCAUGCAUACAGCAGCAGCCCAAGCAACCAGCAAUCCAGAACAACCAGCCAGACGACCAGCAGUCCAGACCUUCAUAGAAACAAAUCCAACCACAAGAAAAUCAAGCUGAAUAAACUUGUAGAAAAAUCUACAAAGACCGAGACAAAUACUACAGAGGAACAACUGGGCUACUUAUCAACUGACAAAGCUGGAACAAAAGUUAAACAUGAAGGAUGUAUGCAAGAGUUGCUAUCCAAGUCAGCAGAUAAAAUGGCAGAUCAGAAUUGCAUGGAGUUAACAUCAAAGAGCAAAGCAGCUGCCAAGACUUCAGGACCAAAGGGAAAAGCAAAGCACGAUUUCACUUCACAAGAGUUUGCCACAAUGAAAGUUUGGGCUCGUUCUAUGAAUGGUCUGUGGGUGACCCAGCCACAUAGCUAUGACAUGGAGCUUGCAUAUAACUUGUCCAUGGCGGACCAGAGACCAGGCUGCUGUAUUUGUAUGCUGUUCUACAAUGAGAAGCUUGAUGGUAAGGACUGGGAUAGCAAUAAAACAGCAUGCAGUAGUCUGACAGGGCAAGGUGCUUCCAUUGACCGACAUACACUUGUUCUAACACCAGAGAUGUGUUUUGCUGCAACCAGUGAGAAUCGAUUCCCAGAUUGUAGAAACAUGGCACUGACCUCUGAAGGCCGAAGUGUACUGCUGCACUGUAACCAGUGCAAGAUCGCAGUUCAUGCAAGUUGUUAUGGUGAGUCUGGGAGCGAGUCUGACUCAUGGAAAUGCAGACGAUGUAAAGAGCAGGAUUAUCUGGCAGAAUGUUGCUUAUGUAAUCUUCGUGGAGGCGCUCUCAAGCAAACCACAAAUGGGCGUUGGGCACAUAUUGUGUGUGCUAUGGCUAUUCCUGAAGUGACAUUUGAAGAUGUACAAGCUAGAGAGCCCAUUAACAUAGACAAAAUAUCCCCUGCAAGAUUAAAACUGAAAUGUUUCUUCUGUCGGCCAUUCAUCAAGAUGGGUAGCAAGUUUGGCGGCUUAAUCCAAUGUUCAGUGGGUAGAUGUGCCUUGGCAUUCCAUGUAACGUGUGCUCAAGCAGCAGGAGUGGUAAUGGAACCUUGUGACUGGCCAUUUGCAGUGUAUGCUACUUGCCUCAGACACCCAUACUCAGACAAGAUGAGGGACAAUCCUCGUGAUUACCCACUGAAGGACAUCUGUGUUGGCCAGACAGUCAUAGCCAAACAUAAGAACAGUCGAUACUACAAGGCAGAGGUGAUUGCAGAUUACCAACAGGCCUUCUACCAUGUGAAGUUUGAUGAUGGCUCAUACAGCGACAAUCUUUAUCCUCAUGAUAUUGAGAGUCAUGACUGCAUGAGAAAUGGCCCUCCAAGUGAAGGUGAUGCAGUUACAGUGCGUUGGACAGAUGGUCUCGUCUAUAGAGGCACCUUUGUCAAAAGCUACAUGGUUCAGAUGUAUGAUGUAGAGUUUGAAGAUGGUUCUGUAUUGAGAGUCAAACGUGAAGACCUUUACUCACAAGAAGAACCCCUUCCAAAGAAAGUGACUACAAAACUGUCUACUGCUUCGGACAUGCGGCAUGAGAAUUUCUGGGAAAACAAGAUAGUGAAGGAACGUCAUCGUCAUGUGUACAGCCUGUAUGCUUCAAGUGGAUCUGAACCCGAGGACAAAACAUCCAUUAAUACAAGAGACAAGGCAGCAAACAGUAGAAGUACUCAUGGCAUGCCUAACAAGGCAAUGCAGGAGGUUAUCCUGGCACACCAUAGUGAACAUACUGAAGAGAUCCUAGACCAAUCACAGGCAGUGAUUGAUGGAGUAAGACCAGAUAGAACACAGGACAACCUUACCGAAGCGCUCAUUCCAGACACAGCACAAGCACAGGCAGAUAUGUCCCAGAUUGAAGUCUUCCCUCAAGAGAUGAAAGGAGAUUGCAAUAUUGAAGCAUGAUGUGUAUGGACGGACAGUUGCAGUGGCAUCACAUGGUAUGUGUGUGCCCAAUUCACAAUCAGAUAUUCUCUUGCAAUUUUUAUUGAACGAUUGCUCAACCAGUAAAUGUAGUUCAAAGUGGUUUCAAAUACAUCAGUUUUCAGUGAAUUUGUUCAUUUUAGAAUGUUAUUUAGGUAUUAGUUAUUUAUUAUAAAAGUUGUUAACUCUCAUUAGUAACACUUGUACAUAUGCAUUAUGUAUAUAGUGAGAAAGAGGGAAAGGUAAUAUCAUUUGGUGUGUAUCUAAGUUUUUUGUUAACAUCAAACCUUUUACACACAUCUGCAUGCAUGCUUGAUGUCAAUUAUAUUUAUAUAUAUAUCUCAUCCUUAAAAUGUGUGUUUAAUAAGGUAGACAAAGUUGAUUUAUUACAUGUAUGCAUUAUGCCAUUCUUCCCAAAUAAUUGCUUCCAAAGUGAAGUACAAACAAACCAUUCGUAUUAUAACGUCUGCGUCAAUAAAUUGCUUUUAAUACUCCAUGCCAUACUGCAUGGUUGACCAUUUCUCACAGCUUAUACGCAGCACCAAUGAACUUCCUUUUCGCUUACUGGGAACCUUAAGAAAUAGAAAGGAACUAUAAUAUAUUAUUAUUUAUAUCAGGCUUCCAGCGGUAAAAAUAAAUCAGGUUAUUGUAUGCUUUUGUAAAACGUACCCGGAUGACAGCAAUAUUGUCAGUAAAAGUACCCAGAUUGCAGACAAUAUUACUUUGGAUAUUGUCCGGCGCGCCCUUAUCCAGGCAUUUUCGCUGGUUUCCGUAAGAUCAAGAGCGUAGAAACUCACAGUUUUCAACCAGUCAACAGAGCGUAGCACGCGGUACGAUCAAACACGGACGCCCGCGCAGCACGAAGCGUGCAGCGUGCAGCAGGCCAGGUAUACGCACAUUGUUGUCCAUAAUCACAAUGACAGCUUCAAAUAGAUUGCGGACAAUAUUACUUUUGAUAUUGUCCGGUGUGCCCUUAUCAUAAUUUCUCCUAGGAGAAAUUAUGACAGUGUCUUGUAUUUCUUGAGAAUCAAGUCAGCCUGAUAUAAAUAAUAAUAAUAAUAUGGGAUGGCUUUUUGUCGGGGGAAACAAGAAUAUAUAGCACUCGCUAUGACAACAUAUUCUUGUAUCCACCUCAAAGCCAUCCAAUAUAUAAUAAUUUUAGUGGGUUUUGUUGGUGUUCACAGUGAAAGGAUCAACAUAAAUUGAAAUUAACAACAAUAUGAUAAUUUGAACUUUUCAAGGCAUGGGUUCUUUCAAAGAAGUUAUUAAUAUAUAACAAUAGCAUUCUGAGCAGGUAUUUUUGUACAAGUUGGAUCUGUCAAUUUUCAAUAGAACAAAUCAGCAAGAGAGUUUUGUUUAAUUUGGCAUAAUUUUGAAAUGUCACAUCACAGAACAUAGCUUCACUUUACUGAUGAAACUGCAGUGACGUUUAGUGUGUCAAAACCUUCAGGAAUGCAGAUCAAGCUUUUUAUAUGAGCAUGAAGUGAUGGUCAAGAGUCUGUGUACUUGAACAAGGUGCAUGAUUUCAAUUGAUUGUAUAAAAAGAAUAGUGUUUUUGAGAAUGAAUUAUUUCUUGAAUAAUAUUCUGAGUCCAUUGUUCUUGUGCUUGAAA